AUGGCGCCAAGUGACUGGACAGACGAUGAAAAUGAGAUGUAUAGGAGCGAGUUCGAGCGCCUGGCUUCACUUUGGCACAAACAGCCAUACGAUCUCUACCAUCGCCCCUUCAGCCUCCUUAACAUCGUCCCCGACCUGUACUGGGACGUCCGCAAAGAACGAGACGAACCAGCCAGACGUAAGUCCCGCAAGAGCGGGCAAGGGUUUACUUCGACUUUUCCUGGACAGGGCAGAUCUGAACAGUGGACUCACUGGAUACUAACCACGAAGCACUACUUCGAGCUCAGGCAGACCAGCACAUACAUGAGCCCACAGGGUACCCUAGCCCAAGGACUGGAGAAAUACGCACUCAGGCGAAAGUUCUUCAUUACGAAGAAAGGUUACUUUGGCCUUGGCCCCUCGAAUGUCCGGCCGAGUGAUCGUAUUGCGGUCUUGUUCGGUGUUUCUGCGCCGAUAGUGAUGCGCACUGAGGAGGCUGGCUCUCCAGGUAAAAGAGUGAUUGGUGAGAUCUAUGUCCACGACAUUAUGCACUGCGAGGUCAUCGAGGAAUGGCAAAAUGGGCACGUGGAGGCUGGCAAGAUACUGUUGCGCUGA